AUGAAUAAAGAAAUUUUAAUUAUUGCCUUAAUAUUGGCUCUUAUUUAUCUCUAUUACCAAAAUAGAAAACUAGCCCAAUUACCCACUAAUUCCGGUAAUUCUACUAGCCCUAUUUUUGAACUAGAUGAAGAUAAAGAAGACUUAAUUGCGGAAAAAGAUGUCGCUAUCCGUUCUAAAAACGAAGCCGAACAAGAAGUCUUAUCUUUAUCUAACCAACUUCGCAAUAAACAGCAAGAAGUAAGUCGGAAAGAAACUGAGAUAGAAAGAUUAAAAUCCGAAAAAAGUAAAGUUGAAAUAUCUUUAAAUAAAAAACUUUCAGAAAAAAACGGACUAAUUACUACUCAGCAAAAGGAACUAAACUCUCUAAAAGAAAAAUACAGCAAGCAAGGAAAACAAUUAGAUGAAGAACAGUUAGAAUGUAAGAAAUUGGAAGAGAAAGUAGAAGAAUUAGAAACUAAAAUAAAAGAACUAACUAAAUCUAUGCCUGAACUCAAAGAGAAAGUAAAAGAAGGGGUUAAACCCUCGGAUCUUAAAAAGUUAAAAAGAAGUAAGUCCGCUGAUGAUAUUAAAGAAGAAACUAAAUAUCCCUAUACUACUCUAAUUAGUCAGCAAGAAGAAUUAGCUAAACUAAAAAAAGAAACUACUGCUAAAUCAGAUACCAUUAAAUUACUUCGCCAAAAAAUCGAAGACUUAGAAAAAACCAACCCACCCUCCCAAUUAUUAACCGACCAAUUAAAAGAAAAACAAACCCAAAUAGAAAAUUUACGAAAACAUUUAGAAACUACUAAUCAAGAACUAACUACUCUUAAAAAAAACCAUUCUACUCUUUUAGAUACUAAUCUAGAACUAAAACACCAAGGAUUAAAAGACUGA